AUGAAUUUCACGCUGACAUUGUUCAUGCCUAGGCUAGCAUUGACAUAUCGUUACUGACUAUAGGAUUGUUUAGUCGGGCACAUUUCAAUUAAGUCUAUUCCGGAAUUAUUUCUGAUAUCUUCGAUACAUGUAGUGUCCAUGUGAAAUUUUUCUCGGAUUAAGUAAUGUCUAUAUCAUGUGCUGGAUGCGGUGGUCCCAUAGUAGAGAAAACUCUGUUAAAUGCAAUCGAUCGGUUUUGGCACACUUCCUGUUUGAAUUGUUCUUGUUGUGGUCUACGGCUUGAUGAAUUAGGACCUUCCGUUUUUGUUCGCUCAAAUAUGCUGUUAUGUCGACAAGAUUACCUUAAACUGUUUGGCCUAUCAGGAACAUGCGCCAAAUGUCGAGUUCAAAUUCCUCCAGAUGAAUUGGUGAUGAGAUGUCAAGACAAAGUCUAUCAUGUGAACUGUUUUUGUUGUACUCACUGUCAUUCUCUGUUGCACCCCGGUGAUAAAGUGUGUUUUAUGGAUGGAAAUUUAUUUUGUGAGCAUGAAUUCCCUCAUUUGUUUUCUGGGCCUCCCAAACUGACUUCACUAAGAUUAACAUCAUCUUCUGCAAGUCCUUGUACUUCAAAUGAUUCUGAUAUUAGUCGUGGCCAAAUGACCAUUGAGUUACAAACAAAAAUGAAUGGUGCUUCAUCUUCUAGAUCUUUCAAUAUAAAUCCCGCGUCUUUAGAGCAGCAACAACAACAGCCAUCUGGUGCUUUGCCAAAUAAACUCAUAUUUUCCCAAUCCGAUAUUUUAUCAUCACUCAGUCCUCAUCCAUCCAGUCCAAUUAUGUCAUUUCCUAAUAACAUGCAACCAAAUCAAGAUAAUAAUCAGCAACUUGUGCAACACGGGUUUUAUGUUACAGACGUUGAGCAACCGUUCGGUGACACAUCUAGUGUACAAAACUCAUCCGAAAAACCUUUGAAAUCAUCAAUGAUUAACACGACAAAUGAGACAACUAAUGGUCGUAAAAAACAACAAAAACGUGUACAAUUAUGAUCAAGUGGAUUAUAAUAAACUAGCAUAUUGACACAUCAUUAUACUAUUGGAUUGCGCUUUGAAUUAUAGAGGUCUGGAUCGUAAAUUUACCACUAUCUAUUUUCAAUCAGUAUACACACUCUGUAGUCUGUCUAAUUCAUCUUCGUGAAGAAGAAUGAAAUUCCAGCUUUACACAUUUGUAAUUAGGGGAUUUAAUUUAGUUUGACAUUUUAUGUAAGUAGAGGAAAAUAACUAAAUAUUUCAAAACAUAUGUAUCUAAAUAAUAAAUAACUUAAGUUGGAAAAAUCCUGUAUAAUUUACAUAUUUUGUGAGAUGUGAGUUCAUAACACACAACAUCCGAAAAUAUGUUUUGAUGAUCAAAAAGCUGAUAUGAUAUCACAAACUCGUCGAAAUCGUAAAGUUUUGACGAUUUAAUUCUACUUAACUGGUUCAGGUAUAUCAUGUCUACUGCGAGAUUAGAUUGUUCUGACUUCGAUACUAUGCAAGAUUGUAUACUCAAAUUAUUCAUGCUUCUAAAUCUAAGGCAUUAGUAAUAUUCUGUCUUGCCUCAUUUCCAGCGAUCAUCCAACUAACAUGUCAGCUUUAUCUUAACAAACAUACAAGCGAAUAGUCAUAAUAUUUUACAGGCUCAUCGUAAUAUAAGCGUGGUCCUAUAUUUUGUAGGGAUGAAUUCCUUUCGAAAACCUACAUUCACGGUAAUCCGAUAAGCGGAAGCACUCUUCGUAAAAGAUGAACAAAAAUAAAAUAACCAUUUUGCUACGAACGUACGAAUUCAAUCAAUUGCUUGAGAACAAUUCCAAUUAACCAUGAGAAUGCAUAAAUGUCCCAUAAAGUAACCAUACCAUGCAAGAGUUCUGAAGCUAUCCUCUUGUUUAUAUUCUUGACUAAUCGGAGUUUAGUCAAAGAUAUCAACAAUGGAAUAACCCAAUAACCCUUAAAAAAUAGAUUAAAUUAGUACCCAUUGCACAAUUGAGAGGUUAUCUACACUUAGUAGCUAAGUGGAUGUUGCAUUGGCGUUUGAAGAAAAGGUACUUUGUUUGAAUCAUGAAGUGUACAUAAACUAUAGGGUGUAAGCACAUCUAACUGACGAGUCCCAAAUAGGACGAAACGCGCCUUGAAUUCCACUGCUAGCCACAAUCUGUUAGUAUCAAACCAUAUGGUGAUCAAUAAAGAGGAUACCUGGAAGUUAAUAGCAUUGCCACUCAAUUCUGUUUGCGAUCACCGUUGAAUUUGCGUAAAAUAAUGGCGGAAGCCUGGAUAAUCUAGCAUUAAAAUCUUGACAGUUGCAAAAGUAUGUGACUGAUCUGCAAAUUCUCAGUAUCUUUAUUAUCUUUUAUCUUCAGUUGAUUGUGGAACCACUUUCAGAGCAUUGACCUCAGAACAGUUAUUUUUUUGUUAGUGAAAUGGACUCUAAUCUUUUUUUAGUUGGACACUUCAAAAUUUAUUGACUGACAUCUAGUACGAAAGCUAUCACGUAGUUUUAAAAUACAUUUCCAUGUGAAAGACUGCGAAUUAAUUAGUGCAUUUCUCGCUGAUAUUAAUUGAUGCUAAGAUAGUCACAAGAUUAAUCAAGUUCUACUAGAAAUGCCAAGAAAUCUUCAGGAACGAUAACUGCCCGCACAUUUUCACGCAAGACCUUUGCUCUCUGGUUGACAUUGCUCUUAGUUCGCUAAAUUUCUAUGUGGUUGGAAUUCAUUUUGCUACUAUAGAUACAAUAGUUGUACUAACUCGUUCUGUGUUGCUUGUCCAACUUCAAACAUCAAGUUCCCUGCAAUCUGUUCUCUUUUCGUGUUAGCCGUCAGGGUUUAAUGUGUCGUGUGUGAAUAGCCGUUGUCGAUUUUGAUGAUAACCUAUCGUAGUAGAGUAUCUUAAUCGUUUUGUCCCUAAAUCCGUAAACAUUGUAGGCCCUUAAUCAACACCAAUAGCCAGAAACAACAAUUAGAGAUAAAUUAUCACUAAAGUAUAUUGAAUCUUACGAAUUUGGCUACUUCAUUUACUCAGCAUAGAUUAAAAUCCACUUGAUUGGCCAUCUUAAAACAAAUAUUUCGUCUACUACUGAAUAAAGUUGGAAUGGAAAUCAUCUGAAAAUAAUCAAAAGUUAAUAUAGAAUAAAUAGUCAAUAAUGUCACUCAUACUGUUGAUUAUUUGCUAAACUGUAGUCCGUGUACUUCCUAACUCAAGUGGUCUGUUUGUGUCGAGAAGACAAUCGAUCGUAGUCUAAGGUUCAGUAUUAUAUUAUGUGUUCUUUCCGGUGUUUUCACUGUCACAUAAUUCUCUUACACCUACUUAAGCACCUAGAUUAUUAACUCUUAUAAUAUUUCGGUUUUACACAUAUUUUCUCCGAAUUCAUCAUACCAAAAUUAAUAGGUCUGGGAUUUUGAAACAGCGUUACGAUUUUUUACGGUGUAUCUAGGUCAUUUUUGUUGCUAAAGCUCGAUUUGUAUUUUAUAAUGUUUACUUGACUUCUUUCUUUACUUAUAGAAAGUAGAUAACCGUCGUUGCCCUGCGCUCCGUGUUUGUUGAGCUUGAAAGACUAUAUUGUGAUUGGUCCUUUAGAACCACAAUUCUUUUCGCCAAUUUUUCAAAAUUUUCUUAAUGUAAGAAUUGAACGUUUAUCUUUUUCUGUUUCGUUUUUGUAAUAAAAACUUCACCAGACUAUUUGGAAAUAUGUACUAUCAAUUAAGACGUUCAAUAUUCAUUAUUCUUUGCUAUAACAGUUUGUACAAAUAUUUUUUGUUCUAUCUUUAAUCCUGUUCAGAUAAAUAAGUGCUUAAAUCUCAUGUUUUAGAGAACUGACAUUUUGUCGUGCUUUGCGUUCAUUGGGAGGGAUCAUCUUCAUGCAUCUUAAGAAAACAUGUUUUUCGUUUGUACUUGACAUUUACGUAUCAUAGUACCGCUAAAGUAAUAAGAUUUUGCCAAUUCUUAAAAUCCUUUAAUUAAUACUUGUCGUUAUAGCACAAAUAGUGUCAUUCUGUGAGAGGAUUUUAUCUUCUACCUCACCGGGUGUCUGUUCAGUGUAUCUUAAUGCAUGACAAGUGAUUGCAUUUACCCAAUCCUUAGAAUUGU